AGUUCGACAAGCUUGGCACAACGCGACGCUGAGGUCUCUCAGCUUCGUGAGGCUCUUCAAAUCGCACAAGCUGACCACGCCACCGUCGUGCGUCACUGCGAGGAGGUGCGCGCCGAAUUGCUUGGCGCUGUUGAGCAGCAACAACAAGAGUCGGAUAAAGUGCUGCGACAGAAGGAGAAAGAGAUAGACUCCCUGAAGGAGGCAUUAGCUGUUCUUCAAAAGGAGACCGAUAAGAGCUCUAAAAAGAUUGAGAAGAAACUAACAGACAACGUAGCACAUGUGGAGAAACUUAAGGAUCAACUGAAGGAAGUGGUUCAGGAGAAGGUAAGCUUGACAAAUUCGACUUAA